UAAAUUAAUGUAGGAGAUAGUUAGAGAGAAAAUAUAAGAAAAAAGAUCCAAAAGCGUUCUGACCAUUUCAAUUAUUCUCCGCGAUUUCACUUUAUUUUGAUCCGGCUUGCCUUUCUAUCCUCUGGAAAGUCGAUAAUUUGAAGAUGGCCCAAUCUUCCCAAAAUCCUCAUCUAAACACACGCUUAAACUGUUGAAUUAUUUUCUCAGCGUUCCAGCAGGAGAAAGUCAUUAUACCCAACAAGUAUGGCAAUAAACUAGUAGGCAUAUUACAUGAAGCUGGAACUAAAGAGAUUGUUAUUCUAUGCCAUGGUCUUCGAGCUUCUAAGGAAGAUAUUAUCAUGACACAGCUUGCUGCUGCUCUAGAGAAUGCUGGAAUCAGUUCUUUCCGCUUUGACUUCACUGGAAACGGGGAAAGUGAAGGUUCAUUUGAAUUUGGCAUCUACUGGAGGGAGGUUGAUGAUAUACAUUCUGUGGUUCAACACUUUCAUGAAGCAAACCGUAGAGUUUUGGCAAUUAUUGGACACAGUAAAGGAGCUAGUGCAGUGCUUCUUUAUGCUUCAAAGUAUCAUGAUGUUAAAACAGUCGCCAACCUCUCUGGUCGCUAUGAUCUGAAGACAGGCCUUGAAAAUCUUCUUGGAAAGAAUUUUUUGGAGAGAAUCAGAAAGGAAGGAUUCAUUGAGUUGAAGACCAAGUCAGGAAGUGUUGAUUAUCGUAUAACUGAGGAAAGUUUGAAGGAUCGGUUAAACAUAAACAUGCAAGAAACAUGCCUGCAUAUUGGCAAAGAAUGCAGGUUCCUAACUAUUCAUGGUGAUGCUGACACAAUAAUUCCGGUUGGAGAUGCAUUUGAAUUUGCAAAGAUCCUACCUAAUCAUAAGUUACAUAUAGUAGAAGGAGCUGAUCAUGUAUAUACCGAUCAUUUAGCUGAGUUGGCUUCAAUUGUGGUGGAUUUUAUGAAGGAAACUUUUGCACAGGGACAAGUUUAAUGCUAGUUAGGUCCCUAAUGAAGUUGCCCAUUAUGACUGGUACAUUUCAGAAUUCUGCUCAUGGGAAAAUCAUGGUGUGCUGUGACAGUAAUAUUUUUGCAUUUGAUGUGCCAAUUUAGUCUGAUGAGGUUGUGGACUUGGGGCCUCCUAGUUAUGUACCAUUUGAGAUUUUAAAUAAUGAAAACAAGUUUGUUUAACUA